CGCAACAUUUAUUUUUAAUCAGUUUUCUAUCGAGUACACGUCGAAAAAAGUUUACCAAUCAUGAAGACGAUAUUUGCAUUAAUUGCGCUUGUUGCUGUAGUGAUUGCUCAUCCUUUGCCUCUGGUACAAAUUAAAGUUAAUGUUUAUCCUAUCGAGGUACCUAAACCAGAUGAUAGUCAACCGGAGCCAGAACUGGAGCCCAUCAUUUUCCCAGGGCCAAUGCCUGAGCCAGUAUUAGUACCGGAACCCGUAGAAAAUCAGCCUGAGCCUGUUUUAGUUCCUGAGCCUGAACCAUCGCCAGUUGUCAUUCCUGAACCGAAUCCUGAGCCAGUCUUAGUACCGGAACCCGUAGAAAAUCAGCCUGAGCCUGUUUUAGUUCCUGAGCCUGAACCAUCGCCAGUUGACAUUCCAGAACCGAAUCCUGAGCCAGUCUUAGUACCGGAACCCGUAGAAAAUCAGCCUGAGCCUGUUUUAGUUCCUGAGCCUGAACCAUCGCCAGUUCUCAUUCCAGAACCGAAUCCUGAGCCAGUCUUAGUGCCGGAACCCGUAGAAAAUCAGCCUGAGCCUGUUUUAGUUCCUGAGCCUGAACAAUCGCCAGUUCUCAUUCCAGAACCGAAUCCUGAGCCAAUCUUAGUGCCGGAACCCGUAGAAAAUCAGCCUGAGCCUGUUUUAGUUCCUGAGCCUGAACCAUCGCCAGUUGACAUUCCAGAACCGAAUCCUGAGCCAGUCUUAGUACCGGAACCCGUAGAAAAUCAGCCUGAGCCUGUUUUAGUGCCUGAGCCUGAACCAUCGCCAGUUGAUAUUCCAGAACCGAAUCCUGAGCCAGUCUUAGUACCGGAACCCGUAGAAAAUCUGCCUGAGCCUGUUUUAGUUCCUGAGCCUGAACCUUCUGCUGCUGAUUCUGAUGAUAUGUACUGGUAGUAAUCUUUGAGCCCAUAUUAAAUCUAUUAAUCUGUCUGAAAAUUGUAAGUCAUUUUUCAAACAGUAGUUCCGAAGUCCAUUUUCACCUUACUUUCUACUUUUAUUAUAAUAAUAACAAAAGUCAAAAAUAUUUACGGCUUAAAAAUAUUUCAAUUAGAAAAAUACUGGUAAAAAUUUAAAAUAAACUUAUGAAUAAAACA